UUUCUAUUUAUGACGAUCAUUCAAAAUGGCGGGUAGUUCGUUAUCGCACAAAUACAGUGUUAUUGCACAGUACAAGAUGUGCAAUUAUUGUUCGUAAAAUAAUAUAUUUAUAUAUAUAUAUAUACAUAUAUAUAUAAAUAAUAAAUAUUAAUACAUAUAAUUAUUUUUAUGAUUUGAAUUAUGUCAUCCAUCAAAUAUUAUACAUUCCUACAAUGAGAAUGGUAUAAACAUAUAUGUAUAUCAUGUUCGUAUUCGUUUCAUAUAAACAAGUAUUACGUCGUAAUUAUGAGUCCCAGCAAGAGAAAGACUAUCAAUAUAAAUUCUGAGGAUGAAAGCAGCCCGAAGUGUCGUCGUAGUUCAUUAGCAGUUAAUUUAAGUUAUACCAACUUGACAGAUUCAGGUAAUGGUUCCCUCAAAAAAACACAGAUUAAGAACAAUGAAUCGUUUAAUGAUCAGAUGCACUCUUAUAUGAUGCCAAACGAUGAUGAAGAAUUAGAGAUAAUGCAAGAAGAGAAAAAUUCUUCCAAAACAUCUAAUAUAAAUAAAAUAAAUAAUAGAGGUUCUUGCAUAGAAGAUAAAUUGUUACGAAACAUUCGUGUACGUAUUAUUGAUGUAAAUGAUAUUAAAGAAAAUGAUGCAACUUGUGAAAAGUUAAGAAAUGCAAUAUUAAAUAAAACUAGAGAAAUAUUUAAUAAACAAGAUGAAUGUGCUAUAAAGACAAAUUUAGUUUUACAAAAUCAAAAGAAUAAAGUAUUAACUACUACUUCUCAGGAGAUUAUAGAUAAAUCUCGAAUUCUAAUCGAUGAAGUUACAAGUAUAGAAAAUAAUACUCAUAAUGAAAAUUUAAGGAUCUUUUCUACACCUAUUAAUAAAAGUUAUAGUGUUAAUGAAUCCAUAGAUAAAUCAAAAAUAACAAAAAGAAGGUUAUUUACACACAAUGAUAUUAUCGACUCUCAAGUUAUUAAGACUGUAACAGAAGACAACCAUAAUUCAGAAAAUAACUUGCAACAAUUAUCUUUUACAAAUUUUAAUUAUAAAAGUAGUCCUAUAAUAUCUGGUAAUUAUAAAAGACAUUAUAUAUCAAAACUUUCAUUAAAAAAUCUUUCUGAAACUAGAACAAAAUGUAAUCUAGAAGAAGAUUUGAGUCAAAAAACUGAAUCAAAUUUAAAUAGUUUAAAUGAUGAAAUUGAAUCAAUCGGUACACCUAUUUUUUGUUCCACAUAUAAUGAGGAAUUGGGUGGAAAUAAUAACAAAUUUAUUGAAGAACAUAAUAUUAAUAAUGAAAGACAUAAAAAAAAUGCAAAACCUGUGUCUAUGGAAUUAACAGCUGUUCAAGGAAAUAUUUGGGAAUAUAAUAAUACCUAUAUUGACAAAAUGGUGAUUAAAAAUAGUGAAGUUAGGAAUAAAAAAGAAUCUGAGGAUCAAAGCACAAAAGAAAAAAUAAAUCAAACAACUUCCAUAUCAGAUAAAGAGUCUAUAAUGAAUCAUGAAACUAUAAUAAAAAUAUCAAAUACAAUACUUCAAUCUAGUCAACAUAAUAUAGAAAAAAAUGAUAAUAUUAAAUCCAUAAUUGAUAAAAAUGAAAAUAGCAUUGAAGAGCUUGGAUCAUCUUUAGAUGUAAAUACUUCUAUGAAUAAUGAAAGUGAACAGGAAAGUAUUCGUAGUUCAUUACAAGUAAAUACAUCUUUAAAUUCUACAUAUAAAAAUAGACACUCUUAUAAUGAAGAACAACGAUCCAAACAGCAAAAUACAAGAACAUCAAAAAAACAUUCACAAUACAAUAAUGAAGCAACAGAUGGAAAUGAUGAUUCUACAAGUUAUAUUGAAAGUACACCUUAUAAUGUACCUCAAUCACAAUUAAAAUGUGACACAGUAUUAUAUAAUACAAAAUUCAAGGAUUCUACUAAAAUAGUUGAGACAUUAACUAACAAAAAUAUUAAGAAAAAAAAUAAAAGUAUUUGUAAUUCAAAAAAUGAACAGUGCAUAUGUAAAAUUCAUACUACACAUUCAAUCAUGUGUACAGAAAAGGGAAAAGAUAUUUUACAUAAACCAGUUAUUUUAGAUGAUUCACCUAUAGUAACUUCAAAUAAACAAAAAUACAAGGAGAUAAUUAUAGAGGAUUCUUUCAGAGAAGAACAUGAAUCUAGUAAAGACAAAAUAAAGAAUAACAGUUUGGCAAAUAUAAAUGUAAUAAGCUCUAAACCAAAGAAAAAAAAAUUAUUGCCACUUUGUGAAAGUUCUGAAUUAUCAUUUACCCCAAUGGAAAAAUCCUUAUCACCCGAAGAACCAUUGAUAACAAAAAAGAAAAAACGAUUUAAAAAGAAAAGAAUGAUGAAACAGAAUUUGCAGGCAAGAACUUGCAAUGUCUCAAAUGAUAUAGAAAAACAUGAUGAUUCAUCAGAAAAUAAUUUUACUUUCAAUCUAAAGCAAAAAAAUAAAUAUAAAAAGUCUAAAAAAGUAAUUAGUAAAAAAAUUGUAAAUAAAAAAAUGGCUGAUAAUGAUAUAUCAAAGCAAUUGAAAAAUUUAUAUAAACAUUCUGACCAAGAAGAUGAGACUGUUGAAGAUAGAAAUUCUUUAAAUGAAUUUCGAAUUAGAAAAGAAACUUCUCAAUGGCUGGUUCAUAAAUCUCAAAAAAUUAUUAUGGUUGUAACAGGAUUCUCACAUAGAGAUAAAAAUUUAAUUAGGAACAUUGUAAAAACUCUUGGUAUGGCAAGCAUUGAAUCAAAUGUUACACGUAGAACAACUCAUGUAGUAAGCACAGGAGUGCGUACAUUAAAUUUAUUGCAUGGUAUAAUAAGAGGUUGUUGGCUUGUAAAACUUGAGUGGGUUUUAAAAUCUUUGGAAAAUAAUGGAUGGUUAAAUCCAGAACACUAUGAGAUAACAAAUUUCUCAAAGGCAGUAAAAGAAAAUCGUAAAGAUCGGGAAUUAUUUGGAAUGGCUUAUGUACCAGAAUUAUUUGCUACUUCUGGAUUCUUACAUGUUGAAAAUGGUACUACACCUCCUGCUCAUAUCUUAAAAGAUCUUAUAAAAGCUGCUGGUGGUCGACUUACUGAAUAUCCACAGGCUGCAAAACUUAUUAUCGGUGCAAAUGGUGUGAAAGAAAGUUGGAUCUUGGAUUCAAUUACUACUGGUGUUUUACAAUCAACGACACAAUAUCAAAGAAAGUAAUACAGUAUUAUAAUUUUUUUGUACAAAUUAUGAAUAAUUGCCACAGGCAAUGAUAAAAAUUUUAUACGAAUUUUAUAUUAUUUACUUAAUAUAUCGAAAUAUUUUUGGUUAUGUUCUCAGUAUUUAUAUUAUAAUAAUGA